UUUUUCUCUUGCUUCAAAAAUGAUGAAUAAAGAGGAGGGGAUAUAGGCGCGCAGGUAAAUGAACGUGAAUGUAUUAUGUGCUACGAUGAUGAUGCUGCAGGUCACCUACUCCGCGUGCUCUCAAGACUUUCAUCUCAACUAUCUCAAGGAAGCAAAGGGGCGUCCAAAAGAUAACAACGACUAUUUAUGUGUACAUAUGUAGUUACAACAUAUAUAAGUACAACAGUUUGCCAUUGCUGUUUGUUGCAAAUCAACUGCAGAGAGUGCAGACAGAGUCUGCAGAGUUGUUGCGUGCAGUGCGCGAAAAAAAAUAAACCUCUGCUCUUUCGGAGCUCACACACGGAUACUUACUUUUGUCAAGUACUAUAAUACACAAUAUACACCUUGUAUAUAGUGUUACGGACAGUGUUCGCGAACGGUGUUUAUUUUUUUGUGUACAUCACCUGUUGUCGUCUUCGUCGAAGAGGCACUUGGGACAGGCCUCCGGAUGCCCUUUGGCAUGAGGUAAAAUAGCAUAGGGCCACCACCACCACCACCAACAACAACUACAGUGUAUACAUAAGAGAGUAUAAUAUACCUACAUAAGGUGGGCAAUUCAUAUCUACCUAUAGGAGUGUUACAUACCUAUAAUAUAUAGGUAGCUGUGCGGGGGAGUCUCUCCGGCGGCUGGCUGCUCCUGUUCGCGCUCCUGUAUCAGCUACAGCUGCAGGCCGCGACGACGGCCAAUCUGCAGAGAGAGCGUGCGUGGAAGGUGGCAGCCACCGCAGGUACUAAAGUUAUACCAGGACUACUUGAUAGUGGCGGCAGAGUUAUUGUAACAAUAAAAAGCUCAAGUGCCGCAGUGUGUGGGCAUUAAGUGCGGGCGAUGAACGCAACGGUGACCGCGAUGGUCGGCAACGCCGGGAACAACAACAACAGGCUGGGUGGUCCUCCUGCUCAGCAGCAUCAGGCGCAUCAUCACCAUCAUCAGGCACAGUCGCAGGGGCCGCGAUGCGUGACCAUCUACAAGAGCGAAACCGGUUUCGGGUUCAACGUGCGCGGCCAGGUGAGCGAGGGCGGCCAGCUGCGCAGCAUCAACGGCGAGCUGUACGCUCCCCUGCAGCACGUGAGCGCGGUCCUGCCGCACGGGGCCGCCGAAAAGGCCGGGGUACGCAAGGGCGACCGAAUCCUCGAGGUGAACAACGUGAACGUCGAAGGCGCAACGCACAAGCAAGUCGUGGACCUCAUCAAGUCCGGCGGCGACGUGCUGACUCUGACUGUGAUCUCCGUGACGCCGCAGGAGGCGGAAAGACUGGAACCCUGCGAAGAUCUGAGCUACGCAUCGGUGGACUACAGCGAGAAGCGCUCGCUGCCCAUCAGCGUGCCGGACUACCACGUGCGGGAGCGCAAGCAGGAGCGCUACGUGGUCUUCAACGUCCACAUGGCCGGCAGGCACCUGUGCUCCCGGCGUUACCGUGAAUUCGCGGCCCUCCACGCGGCCCUCAAAAAGGAGUUCAUCGGCUUCAACUUCCCCAAACUGCCCGGCAAAUGGCCCUUUCAGCUGAGCGAGCAGCAGUUGGACGCGAGACGCCGGGGCCUGGAGCAGUAUUUGGAAAAGGUGUGCGCGGUCAGGGUGAUAGCCGAGAGCGACGCGAUGCAGGAGUUCCUCACGGAUCGCCUCGAAGAGGACGGUGAUCAAGGACCCGCGGUCGAUCUCAAGGUGCUUUUACCCGACCGCGAGGUCGUCACCGUCACCGUACCCAAAGCUGCCACCGCCAAGGACGUAUACGAGGCUGUCUGCUGUCGCGUCGGCGUAGACGCUGAGACCUCCAAGUACUUUUACCUCUUUGAGAUCGUCGAGUACAAUUUUGAGAGGAAGUUGCAAUCUCACGAGCACCCGCACACGUUGUACAUUCAAAACUACUCGACUGCCAGUGCUACCUGUCUGUGCAUUCGGCGCUGGCUCUUUAAUAUUUCGAGGCCGCUGAGCGAGCAGGCGCUCACCUGGAUAUUUUGGCAAACCGUCGACGAGGUCAAUCGGGGACACAUCACAGCCGGCGAGAGGCUGUACCAACUAAAGGCUCUGCAGGACGCAUCGAGAAAGCACGAGUACCUCAAGUUGGCCCGAGAGCUCAGUGGUUACGGCGACAUUGUGUUUCCACACUGCCCUUGCGACUCGAGGAAGGAGGGACACGUUGUUGCGGCGGUGGGCAUGUCGUCUUUCAAGCUACACGCAGCCAAGGAAGACGGAACGCUCGAAUCACAGGUGGUGGAGUUUCAGUGGAGCACCAUAACUAGAUGGGAAAUCGACGACGAAGGCAUGGCCUUUUGCUUCCAAUACACGCGCACCGACAAUCGUCCUCCGCGCUGGUUGAAAGUUUUUACUCCCUACUACAUGUUCCUUUCGGAUUGCUUCGACAGAAUAGCUGAAGAAUCAAAAUGGGAAGAUCCAGGAGAAUGACAGAAAACUUGUAAUUAAUUAUGUUUCUGGCGUUUCACGAAGAAUCAUCGAAUCAUCAAUAAUCCUUAGUUUAAGUGAAAAUUUGUAACGUACGUUAAUCGAUAAUUUAAAAAGAAAAUGUACUUUCUUUUUUGCAAUGAUCAUUCAAUGAUUAUGAGUACAGACUGUAAAAGCCGUCCCCUACGCAAGGCAAUAUGCUAAAACUCUUAUCGAUUAUUGUAUGCUAUUAUUUUUAGUGUUAAUAGCGAAAAGUACACAUAAUGUAAUGAAUUUUAAUUUUUUAUCAAACGUAUUUAAAAUGCGUUUUAGUUUAUACCCGGUAUUGCAACAACUUUUUUUGCUGUAAUCAUAUUUUUUAUCAGUGAAAUGAAUUUAUUGAACGUUUUUAUACUAGUAUAUUUGCCUAGUGAUCUGGCCUAGUUUUUAUAAUUAUAUCUCGUGUAAUCGCCUUUUUGCUAGCCUAAAAAUCUUGGUGAUCUAUUUGAAAAAAAAUUCCAACUCUAUGAACAUAAUGUUGUAUCUAUAUUACAAACAAGUAUUAAUGCGUUUCAUAUAAGUCACUAAUGCUCUGCUAUUCAACUAUAAUGAAGAUUUUCGGGAUCGUUUUAAACUUUUUGGUUAAUCGAUUUCAAAAAAAUAAUCAACUAUCACAAAUUGUGCCAUAAAGAGCUUAAAAAGUUAUUUUGUUACUUUAUGGUUGAAUGGCUGUCGAGUCUUUAAAAGUAUUCCUCAUAUUAUUUUAAUUUGUGCGUGAAGUUAUGAUAAAUUAUUCAAGUGAAUGGCAUUGAAAACUGUAAAAAUUUGAGCGGUGCAAAAAGUAUAAAAUACACUUUGUUUCUGUCAAGAGUGAAUACUCAUCUUUACCGUGAAAUUUCAAAUUAUAUGAAAAAAAAAAAAAAACGGAAAUUGAUGAAAUGCAUGCAGUAAAGAAUCUUAAAUUUGCUCGUUUUCUAAACAUUCUAAAAGUAAGCUUUGAAAAUUUUAGGAUUAAAGUUACGUACAUGUCAAACGAUGCAUUUAUCUAUCUUGUAAAUAUUAAAAAAAAUUUAUCGGAUGAACGAAAAUUAAUUUGUAAGCUAAUUAAUCUUUUGAUCUGUUAUUUAAGUGAGAAUGCACUUACUUUUAACAAAUGAACGAAUCUCGUACAAAUAAGUAAUGCUGAAUCUAUUUGCUGAAAUUUUUAUUUACAAAGUGAAAGUAGAGGUAAUGGUAAUAUUAUUAAAUAUUAUUACUAUUAUUAUUAUUAUUAUUAUUAUUUGAACGAAACAAAUAUUGAAAUUCUCCGGUCAUACACAUGUUCAAGUACAAGAGCAUAUAUACGAUUAUCGUUGACAUUUUUAAACUUUAUAAAAAAGUAAUUAUAUAGGAAAAUGGAGAGUGCGAAAAUGUAGUAAUAAUGUUGUAUUAAUGUUAGACACGUGUGUUAGGAGCGAGGCGUCGCAAAAAUUACGAUUUAAAACGCAAAAGGAUAAAAAAAAAGAGCUGGAUUUUAGAGAAUAAACGUAACGUAGUAAGGUAAUAAUGACAACAACAAUAACGCAUGUGUCGUAGCAUACCAUUCAAAGCAUGACAAAUUGUUAGAAGUGGUAUGUGCUGUAUAGUUCACCCGCUGAUUCUCUCGGGCUUAUAUUUAUUAUGCACCCAAAUACUUUGCCUCUCUAUCAAGUAAUUGCGAUUUCUACUUUAUUUGACGAUUUUUUGUGCAAAAAAAGUAAGUUAAAUUCAGCUGCCUUGAAAAUAAGAUUUAAAAAAAUAUGGAUUAAUUUACGUCAUGAUGAAUUCAAAUAUAUAUAUAUUACUGAUACUAUUUUUUAAGUCCCGCGCUUCUUGUUAUUAUCUGGUAUCUUUGUUACGGUCGUGAUUGCAUAAUCAUAAAUACUGUUAUUUUAUUUAUUUCGACACACAUAUUAUAUAAAUUUGUUUAUAAAGUUUACAUUAUUUUGAUCUUUAUGCGAUGAACAAUUAGAGAAAUGACAUUUUUAUGGAUAUUGUUGAAAAAACUAUAUUUCAAGUAUUUACACUUGUAACGAUUCAAAACACUCGUUGUUGUACGUAUAGAGUGUUUUGAAUGGAUAAACGUAAAUAGUGACAAAAUUAAGUUACACGAGAGUAAUAGCCGUUUACUUUCCUUUCACAAUAUGUUACACAUUUAAGUCUAUCGCAAUAGUAAGAGCCCGUAUUAUCCUCAAAUAAAUAAUGAAAAAAAUACUAAGCAUACUGUGUACUCAUUUUUUUUACUUCAAUUCCAACAUCAAAUUUUAGUUAUUAGGUACGACUUGUUUUCCUGGAGCAAACAGUGUAACCAAACACGAUUCAUUUUAUUUGAAACAAACAAAUGAGGAUGAUCCAAGUACUUUGCAUUACGUAGGUAAUCGACUGUAUGCACGUAAUCAAGUUUCCGGACUAACUCAAGUAAUUUUCAUCCGAUUGGGUUCAAUUUUGGUCUUUGGUUAUCGAAGGGAAAAAAC